UUUAUUAAUUUUUACAGAAACAAAAUAUGACAAGUAUAAGGUGGGCAUUCAAUACAUCAAGGUGGGAGCCUUCAGAAUCGGAAUUUUUAUUAGCGUCAUCAUGUUUACAAAUUGAAGAAAAAAAUCGAAUUGACAAACUUGUUUUUAAAAAAGAUGUUAAAGCAUCAUUAAUUGGAAGACUAAUGAUUAGAAAAUUUAUUAGUGAUACCACUGGAAUGCCAUAUAACUCUAUAGAAUUGUUUAGAGAUACUAAUAACAAACCAAAAUAUGUUACCAAUUCUAAAACUCCAAUUGUCAGUUUUAAUAUUUCUCAUCAUGGUUCUUAUACUGUUCUUGCUGGAGAAAUUAAACAAACAAAUAUUGGUGUUGAUGUUAUGAAACUUGAAUAUAAUGGAGGCAAAAGUGUAAAUGAAUUUUUCAGAAUUAUGAAUAAACAUUUUUCAGAAUUAGAAUGGAAUAAAAUUAGAGGUACAUUACAAACAUCUGAACAAAAUAAAAUUGUAAAUUUCUGCAGAAAUUGGGCUUUAAAGGAAAGUUAUGUUAAAGCAAUUGGAACAGGAUUAACAGUAAAUUUAAGUAAAAUAAUUUUUGAUAUCCAUUCCAAAUUGGAACAAGACCAGAUAAUAACAAAUACUAUGUUAUGUAUUAAUAAUAAAAUACAGCCAUGGACCUUUGAAGAAUCAUUAUUAGAUUCAUUUCAUUGUGUUGUAGUUGCUUUAGAACAACAAAAUUAUGUUCCUCAAUCAUCGAAUAAUUUUAUUUUUAAAAAAUUAAAUCUUAAUCAAAUCCUACAAAAUGCAAUUCCCUUGUUACCGCAAGAUUUUGAGUAUUGUAAAAGAUAUUUC